GCCACAGCGUCAUGAGGACCUUCGCAGCCGCCACUGGAGCCGCACUGCUCAUACUCGCCACCGUCGUAUCGACGCUGGAGCUGACACCGGAAUUUAUGGAGAUCAUUAACAAAUGCAAGACAAAACAUGAGCCCACUGAAGAUGAGCUGAUAGGGAUCAUGAUGAUGAAAGUUCCAGACAGCGCCAACGGCAAGUGCUUCAUGGGGUGCGUUCUACAGGAAGUUGGAGUGGUUAAGGACGGCAGGUUCGACAAGGAGGAGGCAAAGAAACACGUCGCCACCAAGAUGUCCGACAAAGAUGAACUGGAGAAGCACAUGCGGCUCAUCGAUAAAUGUAGCCAAGAAGUCGAUGGCGAGACUGACUCCUGCGGAAUCGGCCCGAAGCUGAUGGAGUGUAUCAAACAGUUUGCGACAAGGUUUGACAUUGCCCUCCCACACGCCCCGUCCAAAUAAAGGCUGUGCCACGUUGAAGAUGCUGAAGUCGACGACCCGGCAACCAUCUGCGUCCACACUGAGUGACAUCGACGGCACCCAGACAAGAAGAAGUGUUGGUAUCUGUACUGCUCUGUGCUCACUAAAUAAAAAAUAACUGUAGAUAUGAAA